GCUGCUGGUUUCUCGCUGCGCGCCUCCCGUGGUGCUGCUUGAUGCGAGGGGCAAUGCGAUGACGCCGGCGGCCAUUCAGCGCAUAGAGGAGGCCCGCGAGCUGUCCUCCGCCCCCUGCGCUCUUCGGCUGCCUCCGACUGCGGGGACGGCUGGGGUGGCUGCCGCGGCGUCGCUCAGGGAAAGCGCCUCUUCUGCCUCCACGGCGGGCGGGUGGCGCCGCGGUUUGGAUGCGGAGGCGCUGCGGAAGCGUCGUUCCGCGCUGUUUGCGAGCGGGGCUGCUUCCUCCACCGCGGUGGGGAGCGAGCUGGGCGGGCGGGGUCGUCCGCGGAGCCGCCAAAGCGCGGGCGAGGCCCCGCAUGACGUGGCAACGGUCGAAGUCGCUGCACGGGCGCCGAACUCGGCGAGCGGCCCCGCACCUGAGGAACGGAGCCGCCGAAUGGAGGCGAGUGGUCGGCGGCAUUCGGCUGGUGCGGGGAAGGGCGAGAAGAGGGAGGAAGAGGCUCCUCCUCGCGGGGGCGAUUGCGGAGAGCCCCUUGACGUGACGGCGAACCUCAGCCCUCUCUUGACGGUUGUGCUGGAUCUUUCGAAUGCGGUGCCCACGGGUCGUUUGCAGGCGCUUUACGGCACCGACGAUAUCUGGAGCGUUGUGGCGUCGUCUGGCGAGGCGGUGUCGUGCGCGUUUCCGCCCAAGCAGGCGCCAUUUCUUCGGGCAGGGGUUAAAUCAACGGCUUCUUUUCACUCUUUGACAGUCCUUUUGCGAGCGAACAAAAACGCAAGCACAAAAAAGAAAAAAGAAGGGAAGGAAGCGCUAGGAUAG